CUUGUCAUUUAUUGUUUGAAUUUCAUAAAAAAAUUCAGGAUGUGCGGUUGCCCGCCUUUCAUUGUUAAGACCGGACUGCUGAUCACAAUGUUUCCUACCAUAGCUGUUAAUAUUAUGGAAGUAUUCGUCUAUGCUGUGAAUUCAACAGUCGAAGAACAUCAGAUUGCCAAAAACAUAAACCUAGUAGCCACCUUCAUUGCACUUAUAGCCUUGACAUUUGGAGUUUAUGGAACGGUUAUGGAUAUAAUCUUCAUAAUUAAAGUGCUGAUGUUCGUAAUGAUAACAUUCUGCCUAUUUAAGAUAGUCAUGUGGAUAGUGUUUAAGAAUCUGUCCCCAACUGCAUCUUCCGACGUCGUCCACGAAUGGUUUCAGCUCAACACAGGCCUAUCGAUAAUAUGUUCGAUUCUGACGGUUAACUUCUGGAUGUACCUGCAUGAGCAAACUCGGGAGUUUCAAUUGGGCUUUUAGACUAUGGAGCACUAUUAGGCUGUAGGCGUAUUCUCAAUUAAAAUUGAAUAUACAAAAUUACAUGAGUUUGUAUUUAGCAUACUUACAGCUCUGCUCAUUAUUUGUAAUUAUAACAAGCAAUUAUAAUAUCAAAACCACUGGCUAUGUAGUGCAUUCUCUUCCGCACUUUCCUUGGUAGAGUAGCAGGUAUCUUGUAGUCG